AAGAAGUUUCGUUUUAACUACGAAAUAAUUAAGUUACGUAAGUUCACUUUUAUUUCAAUACAAUUUUACGAUUACAGAUAUCUACACAUUCAAUAAUACAAUUUUUUUUUCAUAGUGGAACAAUCAAUAUUUCUUUCUUCUCGUCCUGAUACCUGAUAGGGGUUUAACAGCGACCUAAGGGUGUUUGGGGGGAUGCUGGAUACGCAUGGAACAGUAUGGGACGGACCAGAGAGGAGCUCCACCCAUGAGGCCUGCGCUCCGCCUUCGCAAAAUUCAUUUUCUCGGGGGUUGUACUACACUUUCUAUUAGUUAAAUCGUCCCGUUUGAACUCGCCAGUCGGUUUAACAUCAUCAACGAUCGUGUCCUUGGGAAAACUGUUGACAUCCUUGAAUUCUCGUAGCCAAGUUUUAAGUUGAAGUGACAACGUUAUAUCAACGUGUCGCGCAUCCCAAAUGAGACAGUGUUAAGGUGAAAGUGAACCAUACUUGACAUUCCAACAUGGUAAGGAUCCACCUUAUUAACCCAUUCGUGUUAAUAAUGAAUAUUUUACGAGUGAAUAUUUCAUUUGUGGUGUCGUUAAAAAUUAUGACUUGAAUUGAUUCUUCGUUUUUAUUGUGAUUCAAUCUAACGGUUGAAAAAUUUCAGAAAUUUCUACCUAAAAAUAACCUUCCAGUGUAUUUUCUUCAAAAGAAAAAGAAAUCUCGAAACAUUGUUCAUCAAAACGUGCAUCUACGAAUAUCUCUUUCUCAUAAAUAACAAACGAAUUCGAAUUAUUAAAAUAUUAAUUAAUUCGAAUAAAACGUAAUAAUAUCAGCUCAUCCAGAUGCCUAUUGGCCUAUUGAAUGUCAGGGACGAAAGCUCGGAGAGAGGUUGCGAUAAGAGCAUCCUGUAGGCGCCUAUUUAAUCUAAUUUUGUUCACGAUAAUUCAUCCGGAUUUCCCGCAUCUUUUGCCACCCAUCCUCAUCUCGAUCACAUUUAAUUCACGUUGCUCGUUUAUUACAUACAACCAAUACAACCCAUCGCGCGAGUUGAUCGUUUUCGAAGGUGUGACGCGAAAAAGUCGGGACGAAUAUGAUCCGAGGGAAGCCGAGACGAUUAAUUAAUAAAUUGCAGUCGAUGCUGACGUACAAUGGCUGUGGCGGAGGUACAGUGGAAACGGAGAACGGUUCUCCAGCGGACUCGCUAUUGUCCGUUGAAGGAGAACUGGCGGAGGAAGUCGGCGAUUCUCCUGGUACGUCGAGGGACACGGAGGAGGAAGCGACGCUCUCGGAUGAAUUUUAUUCCCAUGAUACCGACGAGGAAGAGGAGCAAGGAAAGAAACGGCGGGAUCGAAACAAUUCCCUAGAUGGUAUUUCGUCUUCUGGAGGAGGUCUUCUUGGCUCGCCUACAUCUCGAGUAGGGACUCUGGGUGUUCGAAAAUUGUUCACGAACAGUCGUGAACGUUGGAGACAGCAGAAUGUUAGCGGAGCUUUCGCCGAGCUUAGAAAAUUAGUCCCUACACAUCCACCGGACAAGAAAUUGUCGAAGAACGAGAUCUUGCGUAUGGCGAUUAAGUACAUACAGCUGCUAAGCAACGUUCUGGAAUGGCAAAAGGCGCAAGAGCGAAACGAGGGGAUGCAACACGAGGUGAGGAUAAAAUGCGAGCCCAAUUUGAACGGUCAAAAUUCAACGAGCCAUCACGGGAAAUCGACGGUAUACUUGAAGCAAGAGAAACAAACGAACGAAAAUCAGGCAUACAAAACGAGCUUCGCCAACCAGAAACAGUUACAGCAUACGAUUUCUCACAUUGUGUGUGAUAAAAAUGGUAAUAACUUGUUAAUGAUAGCGCCUUCAGGGCAUAAUGUACCGAAUUCUGUUUGCAAAAAAAGUAUAACACCAUCAAUGACCGUUGCGCAAAAUUCUCUUACGGCGAAUCCAUUGAGCAACGGGAGCGUAACGCGACCCCCUGGUUCACGAUCUUCGAUUUUUCCUUCGAAGUCGCCACAGAUAAACGUACAGGUUGUAAGUAGCUCGAGUAUUUUGACUUGUUCAAGCGUGCCUGUAACGAGCAACGCAUCCACCAUUACCGGAAGUGUAGCAAAUUGCGGGCAGAAGAGGGUGUUGAAGAUCGAGAAGGAGGAAGAGGAACAAAUGUCCGGGCAGAGUAGAGAUUGCAAAGGUUUGCCGUCUCCGGUUCACGGUGUGCUCACUAGAAAAAGAGUGAAGGUGACGUUCAUUAAAGAGCCGAGUUCAGGGUUUCGUAACGAUUUUCGAAACGUCGAGAGGAAGUAAGGACGAACUUUUAGGUAUUAAUAUCUUUUGGAAAUCGAUCGAGAUCUGUUUCUAACUGGAGGGGGUAAUCGAUCGAAUAUAAAGUAGUUUGUAAUUUUAAGAGAGAACUUCAGGAAUUUUGAGACCUCCUGUUGUAAAAAAAUUAAACUUUAUUUGUUCAUGAUGAUAAUGAUGAUUUAAGAGAUUUGAUUUAAUAUUGCAUAAUAUUUUGACAAUGCAAUCUUAGUUAGAUUGAAUAAGUUUUAUUGAAUAGAUUGAGUUAGAUAGAGUUUAAGAGUCUUUAACUUAACGUUCCUUUGUAAUUAAUCAUUCUUAAAGAAUUUUUUUUAUUAGUUAUUGAAUUAGUAUUACAUGAUUUGUGUGUUACGGCACAUUAGGUAUAUUUUUCUUUUUUUUUUUAACACUUUCAUAGCCUUAUGUUCAAUUGUGAUUGUAUAGAUACAUGAUUUAUAUAUUUCCCUUUCGAUCAAUCAAGCAUCAUUUAUCGUUCAAAACUUCAAGUUCAAACUUUACGCGAGAUAGCGAUACGUUACAUUCCUUUCAUAAUCAUAAUUGAACGAUUCAACAAUUUGUCGCUACAAAUUAUACAAUGAUCCUUUAUAUAUAAAAUAUCAUCUUCGUACAACACACAUAUUAAACUCGACACUGAACAGUGGCAAAGAAGGGAAGGAUUUUGUGUGGUGCUCGUUAAACUUUCAACGAUUACGUGUAACAUUUGAUUAAUUAAAAUAAUUGCCUCGGUGGUCGAUCACACAGGCUGACGAAAUAAAUGAUCCAUGAAAAUUUACCAAA